GUUCUAGCCUUCUCUACCCAGCUCUCCCUUUUUCUUUAUUCUAUUGUUAUAGCAAAUGUCAACCCCAGACUACGAGGUAACGAACAAAUACCAGGUGGAGGCUGGCCAUCGCGAAGAUCAAGCCUCGGUCGACUUUGAGAAAUCCGUACAUGAGAUCCAAAUCGAGCACGUGCCCGAAGGCACUGCUUCGCCAACCAAAGCCCUUUUCAUGUUGUUGAAAGCCUUCGUCGGCACUGGUGUCAUCUUUUUACCUGGCUCGUUUAAGAACGGUGGUCUAGGUCUCUCUAUUGGUCUGAUGGUGAUACUUGCCAUCAUCUGUUUGUAUGCUUUCCAACUUCUCGUCUGGGUCCACGCCCGUAUUGGUGGCUCCUAUGGCGACAUGGCUGGCAAGCUGUAUGGUCGUGUCUGCCGCUACUUUGUGCAGUUCUUCUUGGUCAUUUCGCAAAUGGGCUUCGUCGCCUCCUAUUUGAUGUUCGUCUCGCAAAAUAUCAACCUGAUUGCUGAAGCCUUAUCUAACUGUGAUCCUCCUUUCGAGAGCAAAUACUGGAUCUGGAUUGCUGUUGCUUUCGUCAUCCCCAUCUGCUGGGUGCGCAAGCUUGCUCGUCUCUCAUGGUGCGCAAUCAUUGCUGAUGUCUUCAUUCUCUUUGGCAUCAUUUGCUGUCUCUACUACACUGGCUCUCACAUCCAAGAAAACGGUGUUGGUCCCAACAUUGCUUCUGUCAACCAGCGCGACUUUGGUCUUAUGAUUGGUACCGCCGUCUUCUCCUUUGAAGGCAUUGGCAUGGUUGUUUCCAUCAUUGAAAGUAUGAAGAAGCCCGAAAAGUUCCCUAUGGUCCUGAACAUUGGUAUGCUCAUCAUCACCACAAUCUUCAUUCUCAUUGGUGCCAUCGGUUACAUUGCCUAUGGUGAAAACAUCGAAGCAUCGAUUGUCGCAAACUUCCGUACCGAAGCCUUGUCCGUCACCGUCCAACUCCUUUAUUCAAUUGCCAUGAUUCUCACUUCGCCCUUUAUGUUGUGGCCCCCUCUCACCAUCAUUGAGCGUGGCAUCUUUGGCAGCAAGCGCAGCGGCCGUGUCGCACUCAAGUGGAAGCUCUCCAAGAACUUGGUUCGCUCGAUCAUUCCUUGUGUCAGUGCUGCUGUCAGUUUCGGUGUCGGUGCCGACAAUCUCGACAAGUUCGUUUCGCUCGUCGGUAUUGUUGCCUGUAUGCCCUUGUGCUUCAUCUUCCCUGGCUUGUUCCACUUUAAGUUGUGCAAGAACAUCUAUCUGCGUCUCCUCAACGUGCUGUUGAUGUGCUGGGGUGCUGGUAUCAUUGUGUAUACCUUGUACGUCAACAUCUCAUCGUGGAUCGAUCCUUCUCCUUCCGCUGCUCACGUAUGCAGUCCCAUGAACUACUAAUUUUUUUCUCUCGCCUCAACACCCACACAUCUUCUCCUCCAACUUUUUUCACCAAUAGUCUCAUAAUUCGACAUAUUUUUUUAGGGCUGUUCGUAGAUCGACAGCCAUGUACAUAUAUAUCUAUCCUCUUAGUGUUUUGUUUGUAUUCUCUGUAUCUCCCCAAAAGUGGUCUAUUUGUAUUCCCCGUAUUUGAUGUACACACAUUCCUUUAUUACUGAAAUAAUAAACCAGAAAAUCUAGUGGUUGAUCCGUAAAAA